AUGACAUAUUGUCGAUUUAUGAGUUAUCGACUGACUAUUACUAAAAAGUAAGUUCUUAGAUAAACGUCUAUUUCUAUUCUUAGUAAUUCUAUUUCUGAUUCUGAAAUUGUCUUGAUGGAUCUCGUAGAUAUUUUAGUAAUUUUUUUUAAAAGAAAGGAAAGGAAAUGCAAUAGUAAUUAAUUCUGUGGAAAUUGUAAGUGACGUUUCAGACAGGCACAUGUUGAAAUAUUUAGACAAAUGUUUUUUAACCAACACAUUAUAAAUUAAAACUUAAAAGUAGAGUAUUCUGAUCAAAAUUACUGAUGAAACGUAAAAUUUAUAUCAGAGGAAUCGAAAUAGAAUGAUUAAGAAAAAGUUUCUAUUUAUAUAUUUUCGUUCAAAUUAAGUAGACUACUAUGAAUAUAUAUUUUUAUAAAACGAAUUGACCAUCUCGGCAUUCUUGUUGGGUUUUCGUAUGAUAAGAUUUAAUUAAAUCUCUAUCUAUAUCUCUAUAAUAUAUAGUAAUGAAAAUAAUUUAAAUAAAAUAACAAACACGUAUUAGUCUGUUCUCCGAUUAUGUCGAAUUAAUAUAAAAAAAAAUUCGUCACCACGAAGUUCCAACACGAACUUUCGAUUUCAUCUUACAGAUUUAUCUCACUGAAAGAUAAACCCCAGGCCUUUCCAUUUUCUCCCUGUGUGUGUACCAGAGUACAUAAGGAUCAGAACAGAGAGGACUCAAUACAUUUCCACGCGAACAGUUACAAUGACUAUACAUUCCUCGUAAUGCAAUCACACUUCGAUUGUAACUACUAUGCCAUAGCAGAUUAAAGAAAACCGAUACGUUUGCCGUACGUGGAGUUUCGUCCCUAUUGAUACUUCUUGCUAUUUUAGCGCCACGACCAUGCCUCGCCACGAGCAUUAAUUACGAGGAUCUGCAGCCAGCGGCCACCUUUCGUGGCCAUCGACACGAGCAAGGCACCGGUAACGAUCGUCACGCUAUUCGCCAAGAAACAAAGCUGGCGAUCACGUCGAUACGGGCUACCAACGUUAUCACGGGCCGGACAAAGCUCACCAGAGGUCACCGUGACUCGGACAAAGGUCACGGAUGUACGACAAUGAUGAUGGUGGUGGCAGAACGAUAA